AUGAUUAUUUUAGUAGCGAUAGGACGUGAGAAGAAUGAUCAUUUCAACGAAUGGAAGAGUAAAUGGUCAACAGAGAGUCGUUGUAGUCCAUUUGUUCGACUCUUUGUUCAGGAUCAGCUUCUACCGUUUUGGUUACAAUGUAAACUGUGCAAUAAAUUCAGACGUUUAUCAGUGCAUCAUAAUCAAAUAACAGCUGAUGACAUUGAGAGGUUUGUUUGUGGAUCGAUGGAUUUAGAUAGUGACGAAAGUGAUGAGAAUGAUCCUUGCGAUACGCCUGAAGAUGAGGUCAGUUUUAUUUCUCGGAAUUGUUCAGCUGAAUAUUUGCAGUAUAUUACUUAA